UCAUCAACCAAAAAGAGAAGAGAGAGGCAGGAGGAAGACACGAGAGGGAAAGAGAGGGGCAGCUUCUUCUCUCGUCUCUCUUAUGAAGAUUUCUUGACAAGGGGCACAUCUCUCGCGUUCUUCGCCCAUAUAUAACAAGUUCCCUGGAACCGAGUUUCUUCCUUCAAGAGUCGUACGUACGCCGAUCCGUGUAAGAACGGGAAGGGGUUUUUGGGGGGCAUGGAGGGGACAAUUUGGUUUUUUCUUUCUUCAUUCCCCCGGCAAUGGCGGCUCUAUGAGGUCUUUAGAAUGAGAGAACGAGGAGUUUUUAAGUAGAGAGAUAGAAAGAGAGAAAGGAAGGGGAGAUGGAGGCGGAGAGGGAGAGGAGGAGAAGGAAAGUUUUAAAAGCAAUGUGCGGGUAUGAGGCGAGGGAGGAGCAGCAGGAGUUGGCGAGGGAUGAGAGCCAUUACAGCAUAUCGAGCAACAUCCUACCGCCCCUCGGGGCCAGAAGCCAUCACCGCAGGGCCAAGCUCCGGUGGUUUAUUGUAUCCCCUUAUGAUCGAAGAUACCGAUCUUGGGAGGUUUUUCUCGUUGUUUUAGUGGCAUAUACUGCUUGGGUCUCUCCAUUUGAAUUUGGUUUCCUUGAUAAGGCAUCUGGAGCUCUAGCUACAGCAGACAAUGUUGUUAAUGGAUUCUUUGCUAUUGAUAUUGUCUUGACAUUCUUUGUAGCCUUUCUCGAUAGAGCUAGUUAUCUUCUUAUAGACAACCCAAAGCAGAUUGCUUGGAGAUACAUAACCAGCUGGUUUAUUCUGGAUGUUAUUUCUACCAUCCCUUCAGAACUUGUUUGGAAAAUUCUUCCUUCAAGCCUUCAUUCUUAUGGAUUGUUCAACAUGCUUCGGCUUUGGCGACUUCGUAGAGUCAGUGCACUUUUUGCUCAACUGGAGAAAGAUAGGAACUUUAACUACUUAAUGGUCCGAUGUGCAAAACUUGCUUGUGUGACUGUGUUUGCUGUCCACUGUGCCGGAUGCUUCUUCUAUCUUAUUGCAGCAAGGUACCCUGACCCUAGCAUGACAUGGAUUGGUGCUUCUUUGCCAGACUUCCACGAAAAAAGUGUGUGGACGCGAUAUAUGAUCUCAAUGUAUUGGUCCAUGACCACUCUUACAACUGUCGGAUAUGGAGACCUUCAUCCUCAAAAUACAAGGGAGAUGCUUUUUGAUACCUUGUACAUGUUCUUCAACCUUGGACUGACAUCAUACUUGGUUGGAAAUAUGACCAAUUUAAUUGUCCAUGGGACUAGCCGAACUAGAAAGUUUAGAGACACACUUCAGGCUGCUUCUGGAUUUGCACAAAGAAACCAACUUCCAGUUCGACUGCAAGAUCAGAUGCUCGCGCACUUGUGUUUAAAGUUCAGGACAGACUCGGAGGGUCUUCAACAGCAAGAGACUCUUGAUGCUCUUCCUAAAGCCAUCAGAUCUAGCGUUGCUCAUUUCCUGUUUUACUCCCUUGUUCAAAAUGUCUAUCUGUUCCGAGGUGUUUCGAGUGAUCUGCUAUUCCAACUGGUUUCUGAGAUGAAGGCUGAGUAUUUCCCUCCCAGGGAAGAUGUAAUCUUGCAGAAUGAAGCACCAACGGACUUCUACAUACUAGUGAAUGGCAAUGUGGAUCUAAUAGAUUACAAGAAUGGAAUGGAACAGAUUGUUCGAGAGGCAAAGACAGGUGAUGUUGUGGGUGAACUUGGAGUACUUUGUUAUAGGCCCCAGAUAUUCACUGUCCGCACCAAAAAAUUGUGUCAGCUAUUGCGUUUAAAUCGGGCUACAUUCCUUAGCAUUGUUCAGUCCAAUGUUGGAGAUGGAACAAUUAUUAUGAACAAUCUUAUGCAGUACAUGAAGGAGCAAAAGGACCCUGUCAUGGAAGGAGUCCUAAGAGAGACAGAGAAUAUGCUUGCUCGUGGCCCAUCAAACCUGCCCCUUACUCUAUGUUUUGCUGUAAUUAGAGGAGAUGAUUUGUUAUUGAAUCAGCUUCUGAGACGAGGCCUGGAUCCAAAUGAAGCAACUAACAAUGGGCGCACUGCACUGCACACAGCAGCAUCCAAAGGAAAUGAGAAUUGUGUUGCUCUCCUGCUGGAUUAUGGGGCAGAUCCUAACAGCAGAGAUUUGGAAGGAAACAUUCCCCUUUGGGAGGCAAUAAGUGGAAAGCAUGAAGGUGUGAUCAGGUUGCUGAUAGACAACGGUGCAGACAUCUCAACUGGUGAUGUAGCUCAUUUUGCAUGCAUGGCUGCUGAGCAGAACAGCUUGGAGCUUCUACAGGACAUUGUGCGCUAUGGUGGAGAUGUGACACUAGCCAAGAGCGAUGGAACUACUGCCCUCCACCAUGCUGUCUGUGAAGGAAAUCUCCAAAUGGUUAAGUUCCUCAUCGAACAAGGCACAAACAUUGACAAACCAGACAUCCGGGGCUGGACUCCCAGAGAUCUAGCCGACCAACAAGGCCAUGAAGAUAUAACAGCUCUGUUCCAAGCGACAAAAGAACGCGACAGCGGCACAUCGAAGACACCUGCCGUCGCCACUAAGAUCAGCUCGCCAAUUGUUCAUUUAAAUGCAAAAUUUAGAAGCGAUCCUUCGAUGCCAGUCCCGAAACUCAUUCAGGAAAGCUCGGGGGAUGAUCAUCGACAGAGAAACAGUAACUUCCACAACUCACUGUUUGGGAUCAUCUCAGCGGCCCAUGCUGGUAGGAGCAGUUGUUCUCUUCCGGUUGCACCCGCCGCAAGGUACGUGGGGGGUUCUCGCGGCCCUCAACACCACCAUGCCACUCCCAGGGUUACGAUCAGCUGCCCGGAGAAGGGCAGCACUGCCCCAAAGCUGGUGCUGUUGCCAAGGUCGCUAGAUGAGCUUCUUGAUGUUGGUGCAAAAAAAUUUGGAUUCUUGCCUGCUAAAGUCCUCACUAAAGAUGGAGCUGAGAUCGAUAAUGUAAACCUUAUAAGAGAUGGUGAUCAUCUUGUUCUGGUCGGUGAUGAUUGCAGAGGAUAAAAUAGUGCAUCAAAGAUGAGUGGUUUGUAACACUCUCACACCCCAACCCUCAAAAACUAAAAAUUAAAAAUUAAAAAAAAUUAAAAAAUAAAAAGAAAAGACCUCCCUGAUACUUCUUUUCUCUCUCUUUAUCAAGUCAUGUGGUGAAAAAAAUCGGUGGAGCUUGCUGGCAUCUACGCCGAAUUAUGUGUGGUGGGAUGCUUUUGUUAGAUUGUUAGUUGAUUUGAUCGUUCUGUCAAUGGAUUCCUUACAACAGAACCAUCAAAUCCAUUUAUAACGUAACGUAACGUAUGUUUUUGUUUUUUUUUUUCUUUUCUUUUUCUUUUAAAGUAAAUCCAUGUGCAUAAGUUCAAUAGGAACGUUCUUGUUUGAGAACACAGGAAUAUAUCAGAAAACUGGCUCUUGCAGAUAAUUAAGAGAGAUUUGGACUACAUGUCGAUUGGAGUGUAUUUAAUCACCUGAUAUCCUCAGGUUGUAUGUUACUUAAUACCAGGUCUCUUCAGAGACGUCUAACGAAAAUGAGUUAACACAGGCUAAUUCCCGACAACGCGAUCCCGUUCGCCUCAGUCCAGUUCUGGGAAGAACAUGUGCUGCGGUCCGAGUGGUGGGGACCGGUGGUGACUCCCAGCCCGCAGCGCUGUCCGCCGCUUGAUGCAUGGUGUUAUGAUGAUUGGUGGCCGGAGAGGUUCCAGGACAGUGAUUAUGGGCCGUUAGGUUGCCAAAAGAUACGUUCCAACUCAUGAAUAGUCCAGCCGUGCCUUCAGCAUGUGAAGCAAUCUUCAUAACUAAAGAAAUUUAUGAUCUUCCCUCCUGUGGAAUCUCAUCAUCAAUUGAUGAAGGAGGAAGCAGUUAGGUUCCCCCAGCUAUGCUGAAGAGGAAAAGGGAUGUACAAGAGGAAUAGGAGUAAAGGUUACAGAGCCAGAGCAGUAUUGCAAGCUUCUAUACACAGCAAUGCUCUAGGUUACAUGCCAAACAAAGCUGUAAGCCAAACAAGAACGAACAUCAGAAAUUAAAAGCGAUCUGAUCAAAAGAGAUGCCAGAAGAUUCUUCAUAUAUUGAUGACCGUCUCUGGACUUGUCCGAGUACAGAUGUUCCUGUUUAGAAAAGGAAAGCAGAGCUUUCUGUGUCUCUGGACUGUCAUUUCAUUCAAAAGUGCUAUUAAUAACAUCAGCCAUUUUGAACUA